CUUCAAAGGCGGUAUGAGAUGCGUGGACGGCUACACAGCGAAGUGCAUGACCGUCGAACAAAGAGCCAGUUUGGAGGAACACCUGAAGGGGGCGAGAGCGACCUUGGCCUUCCUGUGUGAUGACCCUGUCUUCCAAAAAGAUUAUCUUUCUCACGGACAAUGCAUUAUUGACGUGCGUGAUGACUGGGACAAAUGCCACAACCACUUCAAGUAUUUGGUAAACAGGGAGCACACCAGAGUCAAUAUUACGCAGACGAAGAGGGACCAUAACAUAUGCUGCAUUCGAGCGGGGUUCCUCUCCUGCGUCUACGGGAUUAGCUACCUCAAGUGCGGCAAGAGCGAGGCCAUUUUCUUGAAGAAGGUGACGGAGACCCUCUCCUACAGCGACGUCCAUCAGGAGAAGUGCAGGAAAGUGAGCCUCAGGACCUGCUCUUCGGGUAAAUCUUCUUCAGGAGUCGGAGGUCUUGUUGCACUGGGUAAGAGUAGUCAUUACACUUCAUUAAUUAUUGUGAAAGUAAGCUAUUUCAUCAUUGAAGAUAUAGAUUUUAAAAAUAUUUUUCUCUCUUCCAAGAUCGUAACACUUCUCAUAUUUCAGCAGUGUUGUCUGCGCAUGGUGCACAUCUCUUUCCACUACAUGUGCGACCGUUAA